AUGGCUGCUGUAUCUAAAAAGUUUUCAUCCAAAGAGAUAAUAUCGGUCUUAUCCAAGUUUACUCCUUGCGAUGUUUCUGAUUCCUUGGUCCAACAUGGAAUCAGUAACGGGGGUUACAUUCCUAAUUUACAAAUUCGUUCACCAGCAACCGUUACUGAACAAACCAAGACAUCUGUUGGACCUGCCUAUACUGUUUUAUAUGCCCCUAAGUCUGAUCCCAGACCCGCAAUCAAAGAAUCGUACAUCGAUAAUAUUCCCGAAAAUAGCAUUUUGGUAAUUGGUUUACCCCCAUCUUGUCAAACAACAAAUGCCCCAUAUGUGACUGUUAACAAUGCUCUUUAUGGUGGUCUUAUGUCUACUAGGGCCCAAUAUAGGAGUGCCAAUGGGUCGAUUAUUUUAGGCAGGAUUAGAGAUUUAGAUGAGCACAACGACCUUGGUUAUCCCGUCUGGUCUUACGGAGUGGGCAGUACUGCUCCUGGACCUGUGGUGAAGGUCGUGGGAAUUAAUGUGCCCUUGGAUAUAACUGUUGCUGGAAUCGAUUCCAAUGAAAACCUCAAAGUCAACCCUGGAGACAUUAUGAUUGCCGAUAAAAAUGGCGUGGUUAGGUUACCUGUUUCGGAACAUGAAGGAAAAGAAGGACAAUUAGACAUUGAAUCGGUCUUGGAUUAUAUUCCCAAGAGAGUCGAUGCCGAUACUAAAGUAAGUGAAGACAUCAAGAAAGGGAAGCCUGCAGCUGAAGCACAAAAGUUUUGGCGUAGCAAGAUUUAA